AGAGAGAGAAAAAAAAAUCGAUUAUUUCUCCUCGCACGGGGAGAGGAGAGGGUUUGGGGAAAGACUCGGUCAGGAUUGUGGGAAGGAACAGAAACAGCCUUUCAACAUCACCAUCAAGCUCCAGACGUCCAGCAGUACCAGCACCACCUCCACCACCGCCGCUCCACCGCUCCACCGGGUCCCUCUCCGCUCACCGGCACCUCGCAGAGAGACCAGGCGAAGCGUCCGCGCUGCCUCCUGCGCACACACUGUCCGAUCAGAGAGAGAGAGAGAGAGAGAGAGAGAGAGAGAGAGAGAGAGAGAGAGUAGUUUUCUCUGACAUUAUAGAGACUCCUACCACGUACUGUAGGUUACUUUUUUUUCCUCCCGGCGACGUCCUCUGCUAAGUUGCGCUCCUGGAUUUUAAGUGCGUCUUGGCGAAGUCCGUCCCCAUCAAGCAGCGGCUUCAACCUUCCUGUCAAUCGGCCGGACCCAACAACCGGCGGACCGCUUGUUGUAUCUUUCACUUCACCCGGACAAGAUUUCAUGCGAAAUAAAGUACGGAUGCUGGAAUCUUUGAGUUGAUUGGAACAAAUAGAAAGAAGACAGAUAAAGAGCAGAAGAGUGAAGAGAAAGAAGAAGAAAGAGGAGAGUGAAAAAAGCAUAAAGUUCUUUAGAAAGAGGAGAGAAAGAAAGAGACGGGGACGAUGGGGAGGAAAAAGAUUCAGAUCACGCGGAUUAUGGAUGAACGCAACAGACAGGUGACAUUUACAAAGCGAAAGUUUGGCCUGAUGAAGAAGGCGUAUGAGCUGAGUGUUCUGUGUGACUGUGAGAUUGCCCUGAUCAUCUUCAAUAGCACCAACAAGCUGUUCCAGUAUGCCAGCACAGACAUGGACAAGGUCCUGCUUAAAUACACCGAGUACAACGAGCCCCAUGAGAGCAGGACCAACUCCGAUAUUGUGGAGACAUUGAGAAAGAAGGGCCUAAACGGCUGUGAUAGCCCAGACCCCGACGCAGACGACUCGGUCGGCCACAGCCCCGAGUCCGAGGACAAGUACAGGAAAAUAAACGAGGACAUUGAUCUGAUGAUCAGCAGACAGAGACUGUGUGCAUUGAGCAAGAAGGAGAACAAAGGCGGCGAGAGCCCGGAGCUCGAGUCUGCUCUCACCCUCACCCCACGCACUGAGGAGAAAUACAAACAGAUUAACGAGGAGUUUGAUCACAUGAUUAAAACUCAUAAGAUAACUCAGGCCGUGCCCCCUUCGAACUAUGACAUGCCCGUGUCCAUUCCCGUUAGCAACCAGAACAAUCUCAUUUACAGCCAUCCCGGUGGUUCCCUAGGCAACCACAACCUGUUGCCACUGGCGCACCAUGGCCUACAGAGAAACAGCAUGUCUCCUGGAGUUACUCACAGACCCCCCAGUGCAGGUGGCCUCAUGGGUGCUGACCUCACCACUGGCGCAGGCACCAGUGCUGGAAAUGGAUAUGGGAACCACCGCAACUCGCCAGGUCUGCUGGUCUCUCCAGGUGGCAUGAACAAGAACAUGCAGGCUAAGUCUCCUCCGCCUAUGAACUUAGGCAUGAACAACCGCAAACCUGACCUGCGUGUGCUCAUCCCCCCUGGCGCCAAGAACAACAUGCCCUCCAUCAACCAGAGAAUAAACAACUCUCAGUCUGCUCAGUCAUUGGCCACCCCAGUGGUAUCAGUAGCAACUCCCACUCUACCAGGGCAAGGCAUGGGCGGUUACCCAUCUGCCAUCUCUACUUCUUAUGGUACUGAGUAUUCCCUGAACAGUGCAGACCUGUCCUCCCUGUCUGGCUUCAACAGCGGCAGCUCCCUUCACCUCGGCUCAAUGAGCGGGUGGCAACAGCAACAUCUUCAGAACAUGCAGCAUUCAGCCCUCGGCCAGCUAGGAAAUUGCUCUAGCUCUCACUUAUGUCAGGGUUCAAAUCUCUCCCUGCCCUCUGCUCAAAGCCUGCACAUCAAGUCCGAACCUGUUUCUCCUCCUAGAGAUCGCACCAGCAGCACACCGGGGGGCUACGGUGGCGGGAUACCACCUCCCCACAACACCUCGUCCCGCCAGGACUCGGGACGCUCCCCUGUUGAUAGCCUGAGCAGUUGUAGCAGCUCCCAUGAGGGCAGCGACCGUGAUGAGCACAGGAAUGAGUUCCACUCACCUCUGGGACUGGCCCGGCCCGCCCUGGACGAGCGCGAGAGCCCUUCCAUCAAACGGGUGCGGCUGUCAGAAGGAUGGGCGACAUGAUAGCUCUGUCCGAUCCCCAGCAGUGCCCCGAGUUGCCCUGAGCCCCCGACAACGCAGCGUUACUAUGCCCCCCAAGUCAGCUCCCUCCUCUUCCUCCUCUCACUCGAUAUCACGAGUCACUCACCACCCAACCCCAUGGCCUCUCUCCUUUUAUCUCUUAACGCUGAAGGAAAGAAAAGGGACAGCCCUUUUCAAAAAUAUGUUUGUAAUUUCUUUUCCUUUUUUUCUUUUCUUUUUUCUUUUUGCUGAGUGUGUGUGCGCUAUAAUACAUAUUGACAUUAUAUAAACCAGUGGGGUGUUGUAAUGGGGGUUUGGGAGGGUGGGUGUUGGUUGGGAUGGGAUCUGGGGGUAUUUUUGUUGGGGAACUAUGCAUAAAUUGUAUUGUGUGUGGAUAAAAAGAAUCACGUAUGCAUAUAUCUUUACACGUGUGUGUAUGUGUACAUAUAUGCAUAUCAACAAAUAAACAAAAAAAAAUAGUCAGGUACUCUGUUUCAUAAAACGUGCUCACACUUUGCCUCAGCGAUAUAUCAGUGACUAGAGACAAAAAAAAAGACAAAAAAAAAAAACAUUUACAUGAGAGUGAGUGUGUCCAGUGGAAAACACCUUAGCACUUGAGUUGGACAAACAAUACAUGUGUACAGUGUCAGUUUCAUUGCUAUAUACCUUCUCUGCAGUUCUCCCUUGCAAAAAUGUGUGUUAACAUUAGAUGAUGUCAUGUUGCAGGUUCAACGUAUUUAUGUAAAUAGAGGGUCAAGGGGGGAAGGGCAGGGGUCAAACAUUGCCAGACAUUACAAGAUUUAUUUACUCACUAAAUGAAAAGCUAUUAUGCAACAUUUGAAGGAUUGUACAGGUAAACAGGAAGACCCAAUGUAGAACCCUUGAUGAUUUUAGCGCUCUCCUUAAAGACUGGAGCUGAGCAAGGACCACCCUUUGAUCUAAGAGCUGCGUUAGUGUAAUCAAGAAAACUCUGGAUCUAGUAUUAAUAUUCAGUGUUAAUAAACAAAAAGGAAAAAUAAAAAACAAUUGUACGAUACACUUGCUUAUAUUUUCAUAUGAAAGGAAUACAAUGCAAAGCAUUUUUGUGGCUUUUUGUAGUUUCUAUAAGCCAGAAUGUGUUUUUUGAUAGCUUUGCUAAUAAGAGAUGGAUAGUUCGCCCAGAGGGGAAAAGAUAGGGCUUUGAAGCCCUAAGCCAUGAAAAACAGACUGAGAUCCAAUGCUUUGCUGAACUGUUUUAUCUUUGUAGAGGUUUGUUUUUAAACGUGUAUUUCUAAUUAUAUAUAAUAAUGGUAAUAUUAAGAAUCUUUAAAAAAAAUCUGUGAAAUUAACAUGCUUGUGUAUAGCUUUCUAAUAUAUAAAUAUAUAUACUAAUGAUUUUUGUUGGUUUCUUAGUGGAGUUUGUGUGCAGUUGCACAUGUUGUCUGGUUUGUUUAAUUUGAGCCCUGAACAGUGCUGUUCAGGGGUGUAUUUAGUCGAACUUUAAAAACCAGCUGGAAAGCAUUGCCAGGGUUUGUGUGACAGAGGAAAGACAAGCCGGAAUGCUGAAAAACAACCUGUUAGUGGAAAAUGUCAUGAGACUGGAACUGGGGAUGACACAGAAAUACAUGUUGACAGAUGAUGUACAUGACUGUCAUACUGAUGAGGAAAUAUGACUGACCCUCAAUCCACGUCUUGAUGCAUUUUAAUGCAUCAGAUAUUUCAUUCUUAACAUUAAUUAUCUAAUUUAAUAUAGUUAAUCUCAUAAAACAUGUUUUUGACAUUAUCACUGUUCACCACAAUCUUAGCUUGUGUUCAAGAUGUUGCACAAGCCCUGACCCAAUCUAUACGAUUGUCUUUUAAAUCAUAUUUAUGAAAUGUAAUUUUGCAAGUGCGUUGUGAGUAAUUAUCCCUGAUCAUUUGCAAACUGAAUUUAAUUCUACAUUGUCUUGUGACUCCUCAUGUUCCACUCUUCAAAACAGGGUUCCACAUCAUUUACCACAUGUCACUGACAGUUCAGUGCAGAUACACAAGGACAAAUUGAUCAUGCUGGUCUGAAAGAAGCACAAUUGUUUAUUUUAAAUAAAUAGUUGUUUUGAUUUUCUCUUUUAAACGAUGAAACUAGCCACAUAGCUCUGCCUCCCACUCCCGUAUCUGCUGUCACUUAAGUGUUAUGAUAUUUCUAUGUGCAUAUUUCAUGCAGGUUCACUAUGUUGUUACUGUAUACAGUCUGUGUAGUCAAACAGGGGCAGAGCCUCUAUAAUGGUGUUCUCUUUUUUUUUUAAAAAUUCAAUACAAAAAGGUUGAGAAAAAAAAUAAACAUAAUGUGUCAGGCAGCAUAAGUGUGGAGAAACCAAAGCCAGUGGCAUUUCUGUGUUGUAAACUCAACUUUUAUUUUCACAUUCAUUUAUGGUUUUUGCAAGCAUUGAAACAAGACAAUAAAAGAAUUUGCUCAAAUGUACAAUUGGUUUCACAUUUCAAUUUCAGUCAGUCAAAUGUAGCUUUAGAUAUUAAGCUGCACUGUCUAUACCAACCACAAGAAUUUACCUGUUUUGUUGCUCAUUUAUCCCCCUGUGCAUUGCAUUGAAAAGGAUAUACACAAAAAUGUAUUUUGUAUUUAUAAUUUGUUAUUCAAGGGUCAACAGAACCAUUCAGGCCUGAUCAUGUGAGACACAUGCUUGUUGUCCACUUGAUCAAAGCACAUUACACACUUAUUACCAUGCUACUUGCUCAUUGAUUGAAAUAAUGCCAACAUGUCCUGAUGAUUCGUUCAAGUGCUGUAGUUUUGACAAUAUUUUAACCAAAGACAUGGAAAAAAACGUGUCUUUAUAUCUUUGUUUUUUUUCUUCUUGUGUUUGUUAAAUCUGAAACCAUUCUUUUUCAUUACCUGUUGAUCAGUUGUUCUUUGUCAUUAUUAUAAUAGACUAAAUGUUGGUACCUCAAAAUUGACCCAAGCAGUACCUCAGCUGAUGUUUUGAUAAGUCACUUGCAGUGAAAAGGGGAGAUCAUACACCUGUACAGCCAUGUGUAAUAACCAUGUAAUGCCAUUGCUUAAGGUCCCUACAUUCACAUGGGAUUCUUUGAUGCUCCAUCGUGUUUGUGGUUUAUUUAAGUUGUAUUCAAAAGCUGAAAAGGAAUUUUUAAAAAAGAGUAAUAUGUUACAACGCUUGAAAAGUCAGUCUGUAGUAUCAAAUGUAGCUUGUAUAAACCUGAAAAUGGGGGAGGUUUGGAACUAAUGUUUUCUAGAACACAAGAGCGGCUUUCAGCGGCAUAAGCUGGCCUUUGUCGCCACUUGAGACUAAGAUGGUAUUAAAUUAAAUCCACAUCUCUGUAACUCAAGGGACUUGAUUCAGCUGUGUGUAGUUAAAACGUAUGGGGAUGAAAUAAAAGUCUCCUCUGCUGGAGGGAAAGGCUAUUUGUAUUUUGCAGAGAUUUCAGUAAAGUUACUGGCUUUCUUAGUUAUCUUGAUGUGACUUGGUGUGAUUUCAUUGUGUUUGACUUGUUUCUGCAUGCGUCUCUAAAUUGUGGUUCCUUUUAUACUGUGCAGACUCGAAAAAACCACAUCAACAUGAAAAUCUUCCACGAAUGGAAGUCUGUGCAUGGUGCCAUAGCAGCUUCACUCAAGACAAUAUAAAUUGUAUGACAUGGACAUAAUGACAGUGGCAUCAUUUUCACAUUUGCUUCUUUCCAUUUCCAUUUUAAAAAAUGUGGCAUUUUAACAUAAGUAUUCGUAAUGAAGACAUUUAUUUGACAUUUAAAGCCAAGGUUUAUCUCACUUAACAUUACAGUGGCAUCAUAUUUCUCAUUAAUACAUUAUGCUAUAGACAAUACACAUGGACCUUAAAUUCACAGGGAAAAACACAUGUUCAUAAACAACGCAAACACAGUGAUCUUCUCCUACAAAUCAGGGAGCUGUGAAAAAUUCACAUACACACACAUAAAUGGUCUAGGCCUGCUCCAGUAGCUACAAUGUCAUUCAUUCCUGAAUAAAAGAAGGAAAAAAAGUAAUCAAGGAAGGAAGAGCUAAUUCAGUAAAAUCCAUGAUUUUCUUUUGUUUUUUUCUGGUUUCCUUGCAACAAUCAGGUGGGAAUGUCUGAGGCAAAGAAAUUGCAGCAGAGCUGUUAAGAACUCUGUAUUAAUACAUUAUAAUGGCGGUGGAUGACCAUUUCUGACUUCUGAAAAUAAAAUAAUCAGUAACAACAGUUACACAUUUAUUAAGAUAUGUGUGAUUGCAGUACAUUGUCAACACGUAAACACUGAUUAUAAAACAUUUUAUCCCAACUGUUUUGACGCGUCUUUCUGUAGGCCUUUGUGUUUCUCCUGCAAAAUAAGCAUUCCCUUUCUACCUACAGCAUGACUCGCGUUUUGCUAUUUUUUUCUUUACCUAAAAAAAUCAUCAAGUGUUUCUUUUAAGUGCACCUCUUAUCAUUUAUAGAGGGUAAAGAUAAAAACAAGCAAGCAAAACAAAACCUGUUUUCCUGUAGAAACUUCCCGUGUCUUUCUUUAAAUUCGAUAGCGAACUUUUCGAACCUUUUCUGUUUUCCCAAAGUAUCCCUAUUGCAACUUAUGUUUAAAUAACAUGAUAUCUAUGAUUUUGGGAUUAUUGGUUUUUGUUUUUCGUUAGAGUCUUGGGUAUGUAAUACUGUUUGCAAGGUCCAGGCACAUACCACUAAAAGUUGCUAUUCGUAUCAAAGCUUCCUCGUGUCAGGCUGACUCUUCAGAAAAUAAACCGAGCUUGACGUGAAGAUGGGCUACGCAAAUCGUUUAAAUCGUUUCACGUUCGGAACACACAUUUAAAAACUCGGGCAGCCAUGUGUCAGUCUUAUCUAUUAGAUUAAAUGAUUUUGAACGAAAAGGUGUUAUGAUACGUUGUACUCAAAGUACACCUGUAAAUGUAGGUCUACCUGUAGGAAGUCAAUUUAAGCACUUGUUUCAUCAUCAUAAUACAUUUUAUUGUAUCUCUCUGAUUCAUUUAAAAUGUACAUUUUAAGAGCAAUACAAUGUAACAAUGUAAUUCUUUCGAAAUAUCCCAAUCAAAUUCCAGCUGUCUUUUGUGUGUUUGCGACUAUUCCCAUUACAUUAUUAUUAUUAUUAGUUAGAUUUUCUGAAAAAAAAACUCCGAAAAGUUAAUAGUCAUAGAUAUAUAUAUUUUCAGAAUCCUAUUAUAUAGAUGGGUCGCUUAUUUUCUUUGUAAAACACGCAAAGCAGAAAUAAAAACAAUGGUAAGUGUUAUAACGUUGUGUUAUAACGUAGCCUCAAAGUAGAUUCAACACAUUUGGAGUGUUUUUUUUUUGUUUUUUUUUUACUCACAAGUAAUGUAACUUCAGAAACAAAAACGCACCUUUAUCAUUAUAUCAUAUUUUUCUUACUCAAUGUGCACAAAAUCGAAGAUAACGAAAUCAGAAUUCCAGUGAAAUCCUUUCACGGUCUAAAACAGGCAGCAAACGAGCAUGUUAUAAUUAUUAUCUUAGAAACACUCUAUAAUACUCUGAUUUACCUACUCAAGUUGAUAUGACAUAGCUGUAACCGUACAUUUUAUUUUCUGCUGCAAUAUUCAGUUACGGAUUUGUGUGUCUAUGCCUCUAAACGGCGAGUGUUAUGGUUUUAUAGUUUAUAGUAUUUUUUUUUCGACACUAUUCCUGCACUCUAUGAAUCAUUCUAGGUUAUUAUGCGUUUUCGCAGGUUUUAAUUAGGCCGCACUCCUUGAAGUCCCUCUACUGCGUCAUUACAGUAAGCCUACCGUCGUUUUAGUGCCUUUAGUUAGAAGGGUUAAUUCCAGUAGCAUGUGGUGAAGAAGGCUGAUGAAGUCUCUGUAGGCAUAAUAUAAGUUAUUAUCUGUCAUAAAUAAUCUAUCAUGACAACAGUUCUCACCGUUAAUCAAAAGAUCAGACUGAUGCAAAACACGUCACCAUUUGAACUGACAAACAGGUCGCUUCAGUCUGAUCAAUCUCUUGUUAGACGCCACAGAUACGAGGCAAAUAAAAACGAAGAGCAAGGUCAGAAAAUAUGUGAAAAUAUGAAAUAACUAACACAGUAAAGUCUCAGUCGAAAUUAAAAAAAAAAAAAAACAAGACAGCAUAUUUGAAUUUACUAACAACCAAUAAAAAAGUAACACUGCAGAAACCUUUCAUGUUCCAGUUUAGGCUACAAGUGCCGCAUUUUGUGGGAUCUGUGGACGUCUGUAAAGUGUAACAUCUUAUCUAAGUGGGCUGUGGCAAUUUAGGCUUUCAACAAAAAGACAACUGUCUUAUAAAAUUGUGCAUGUAGACUGCACGCAUUGUAUCUGGAAUUGUACACGCAUUAAUUGUUUGUAUAAUUAGAGGUGGGUGGGAUGGCGGCGCCAAUAGGUGUUCCUGUACUUCAGUGACCGGGGAGGCUGGCCACGUUUUCAUCAUCAACAUUCUCCAAAUUCACCACUAGAUGUCACCAUUUAGUCGUCUAGUAAAAAAACCCUAACCUUCAUCUUCCUCAUCCUCAGCCUCUAAAGCUAUUCAUGUAGAUCGACCAGACAUAAAUAAGCCUGUGUACUCCACCAACUGCUCCACGAACAUUUUUGGUGGUGAGUGUCAGUGUGAAAUAGAAUAUUCCUCCCUGAUCAUUUAAAUCUAAGCAUUAUUGUUUAAGAUCCGAUUUAAAAAUGAGGACACUCUGUAAUGUAAAGUAAAAACAGUGAGAUAAUAAUAAUAAUACUAAUAAUAAUAUUAAUAAUAAUAGUAUAAAUAAUGGAAUCUUUCACAUACACAUAUCAGCUAUGGACCCCUGUCUGUCCCCUCUUACUAAAAGGAAAUCAGUGCACGGUGCAGGAGACACACGCCUUUACAUCUACAGGUAUGCUAUUGAAAAUAGCUUGGCUGCUUCUUUAAUUUGGAGGUGUUUCAUUACACCAAUUUCAAAAUGCUGUUUCCAGUGCCAGACAAGGCUCGCCUGUUCCUAUUACAAACUGCAUGGUAGGCUGAUGUCUGGCCUACAAUUGGAAAAAUAUGUAUUAUAAUAGGCUAUAUGAUUUUUGCCUCACUGAUGAUUUCGAAAAUUAUGGUACACGCUUGUUUCGCUUGCCUCGUUUUAAAUUAAAUAUGUUUGCCGAAUUAUUGGCUCAAAUUACAUCUCCGCAUUUUAAUAUAGAAAUAAAAAUAUACAUUUAAAAAAACUGCCUUAUUUUGUUUGCCCCUGUUUUUAACCACAUCGUCUCAUCUUUUUGGAAUGUGCAAAACUGUUUUUCUGUGACUCGAACAAGCGGCCUGAUGGCUCUAUUAUCACUAAACGCGGUUAUAUUAAAUGCAACGAACUCAUUUAAUCAGCAGAAACAGAGAGAAUACCCGGUGUCCAUAGAUUGUGUCUCUCCUGUACAUGAUUCAAAUGAGGAUCAGUGAACAGCGGACUGCUCUUGUCUCCAACUCCCAUUGCAGACUCUGGACCCAUACAGUCUAUGGGCAAGACCAGAUAUACGGUGGUUUUAAUAGCUAAAUAAAGGUGAGUUGAAGGUUACCCAGAAAGAAGUGAUGUUAACGAAUUACUCAACCUUGAUUCUUUUUUAAUGAGGAGAUUACACCCACCAAUCGAAACAAUAAGAGGUUACAUGAGUUUUGUUAAGUCAUCUACCUCAUACCACCUUUCUCGAUCCCUUCCUAUGAAAAACCCUCACAUUAAAAACGAAAACUUGAUAUCUUAUUGGUAGAACAAUAGAUUGAUUUUGUCCUUAGCAAAAGCGUGACACACUACACAUCCAUAACACUUUGUUAAUCAUUUACGAGCUUAAUUAUUUGCAUUUUUGAAGGUAAACGAAGGUGUGUGUAUCCGUUAUACGUUGGGAGGUGAUAAUGAAAACGUGGGCAAUACAACAGAGGAUGAUGAGUGGACUAUUUAAGCUCCCAGGAAGCAACCUAUAAGUAACGUAUACUAUUCUAAUAUUUUAGAACAAGGGAUAAGUAAAUAUUACUUUUUAGAGCGAGGAGCCCAGCAUAGGUGGGGUAACGGACUCCUGUGGCUUUGAAUAUCUUUACGUGAGCCAGCCUGACCACUGGUGUUGAGCCACGAGCAGUUUAGAAGCAAGGUUCAAUGACGAGGGGAGUAGCCUUUAGGGACAGCAUCUGCUUUGGCUGAUAGCAGAAAGUUUGCCCUCCUGGAAAACGUCCCAUCAACUUGAUAGAAACGUCGCACGUAACCAAGCACCGAGUUCCAGCAGCAGCACCGUUGGAGUGAUGGAGAAAGGGAGAUGUGGAGAACUGCAGGUAGCAGGAAGUAGAGGUCAGCAUGAGAUCUCUGGGAUUUUGCUCUCCACUGAACCUACAUGAGGUUGGAUGGAGACCUCAUAGAUCAUGACCCAUAAACACAUGGCAUAAUGACCGGAGUCUCCAGGCUAAAGACCUCAAGGAUAUUCAGCUGAUCUCAGAGGUGAAUGAGUCUUCCUGAUCAGCUACAGAGGAGCCUGCAUUUCAUUGAGACAGGAGCUUCAAGAUGCUCCAGGAGCUUCAAGAUGCUCCAGGAGCUUCACAUUACUCUCUACAACACUUGGACCUACACUGCACUUUAUUUCUGUAUUUCUGUCAUGUGGUUAUAUAAGAUUGUUGGCCAAAAUGACAAAUACUGUGAUUUUUUAGUUUUUAUAUUGGAUAAUACUUAAUAAGAAAAUACACACUGAAAAUUAUUUCAUGUAAUUGAUUGAGUCUAACAAGUAUAUUUUUGACAGCUAAAUAAAGGCAUUUUUCUUCCCUUUAA